GUUAACAUUGUGUGUACACAAGAGAAAGCUUAUUUGAAUUAGGGAAAUCUGGCGAUUCAAAUGGUGACUAUUGUACAAUACAUUGUCCCUGUAAAACCCAAUCUAUCAGAUAAAAACCUGUUUGAGCAGGGGAAAGGAAAGAGAUGAGAAUCUGGAGAGAGAGAGAGGGAGACGAAGAGCACCUUUACUCGACUGGACGUUUUCCAAUUAGGCUGUGGCUCACCAGGAGAUCAGUGCUGGGGUAAUCCCCAUGCUGGAUGUGUUUCCAGUAUACACAGGCCUAACUAUGUGAUGGAGAGCCAGCCUGAAGAGACUUAAGGCUGAGAAAUGAGAGUGUCAUUGUGAGUGAUAGAGAGAGUGUGAAAUAAAAAAAGGCGUGAGAUAAAGUGUAUUUGUAGGAAGAGAAUGAAGGCAAGUGGAGAGGGAGAGGUGGGUUUAGUGCACUGGUAUGUGACGUCAGCGGCUCGUUGGAUUGAGGUCCUGUGUCCUGCUGAUUUUAAUCCUGGCUGAUUAGGUAACAGAGAGCAAGCGCCUGUGCAAACCCUCUGGGGGAAGAGAGAGAGGAAGUCAAGCAUUUAGACAGAAGGAGGUUGUUAAAGCAGGGAAAUUUUGCGCCUGGAGAGAAGAGAAAGGGGAACACUUCCCCCUCUACCCUCCCCCUCGUUCAUCCUAGCUUUCCACUCCAGACCUCUGCGUGUGUGUGUGUGUGUGUGUCUAUGGACAACGGAUCGACGAUGCCCACGAACGGAAUUAACAAAGCCUUGAAGCUGCAGUUUGGCCUCAUCAACCACGAGAGCCGUUACCUAACGGCAGAGGCCUUCGGCUUCAAGGUGAACGCCUCGGCCUCCAGCAUGAAGAAGAAGCAGAUCUGGACUCUGGAGCAAGAGGACCAGGACACCCAGGUAGUGUUCCUUCGCAGCCAUCUGGGCCGCUACCUGGCCUCCGACAAGGAUGGUAAGGUGAGCUGCGGGGCAGAGCAGCCCGACUCGCCCGGCUGCCGCUUCCUGAUCGUGGCCCAGUCGGACGGCCGCUGGGCGCUGCAGUCGGAGACAUACCUGCGCUUCUUCGGAGGCUCGGCUGACUACCUGUCCUGCUUCGCCCAGGCCAUCGGGGAGCCCGAGCUGUGGGCCGUCCACCUGGCCCUACAUCCGCAAUCUAGCCUGCUCAGCGUGGCGCGCAAACGCUACGCCCACCUGUUUGCCCGGGAAGGAGAGAUCUCGGUGGACAGCAACAUCCCCUGGGGCUCGGACUCCCUGGUCACCCUGGUAUACCUGGAAGGAAAGUACUUCCUGAAGACGUGUGACAGCCGCUUCCUCAGCAACGACGGGAAGCUGGUCAAAGAGAACACCUCCACCACCAGCUUCACCCUGGAGCUCAAGUCAGGCAAGCUGGCCUUCAAGGACUGCGAUGGGAAGUACCUGACACCCAUGGGCCCGACCGGCACGCUGCGCUCAGGCAGGUGCUCCAAGCCUGGCAAGGAUGAGCUGUUUGAUCUAGAGGAGAGCCACCCACAAGUCAUUUUCCAGGCAGCCAACAAAAGAUUUGUCUCUGUCAAACAAGGUGUGAGCAUCUCAGCCAACCAGGAUGUGGAGACAGACAUGGAGACCUUCCAGAUGGAGAUUGAUAAGGAGAGCAAGAAGUGCAUGUUUAGGACCAACGGCGGUAACUACUGGACACUGGUCUCCCACGGAGGGAUCCAGUCCACAGCCACGGAGGUGGAGGCCAACACAAUGUUUGACAUUGAAUGGCUCGGUCGCAGUGUAGCACUGAAGGCAAGCAAUGGGAAGUACGUGUGCACCAAAAAGAAUGGGCAGCUUUCAGCCGUCAGCGAUUCCGUAGGUGAUGAUGAGCUCUUCCUGAUGAAGCUCAUUAAUCGGCCCAUGUUGAUCCUGCGAGGGGAGAACGGUUUUGUGUGUCAUCACAAGAGCUCCAACACGCUGGAUGCCAACCGAUCCGUCUAUGACAUCUUCUUACUGCUUUUCAGCGAUGGCGCCUACCACAUAAAAAGCGUAGGUGGAAAGUUCUGGUAUGUCUCCAGCAGCGGCCUGGUGUGCUCAGACGGAGACAAGCCUGAGGACUUCUUCCUGGAGUUCCUGGAGCACGGGCGGGUGGGCAUCAAGGGCAAGAACGGCAAGUACCUGCGUGGGGACAGCGGCACGCUGAAGGGCGACGCUGCUACCGUGGACCCCUCCUGUCUCUGGGAGUACUAACCUGGCGCGACCUCCUGACGACCCCUGAAGCCCGUGGAGGGGUGGAGGGAGAAGGAGAGAGGGAGGACCUGGUUCCCACCUGGGUUCACAGCUCAACCAACAACGAUACAUUACACAGACUGACUGGGGAACAUUUUCACUACUCUCUUUUCUACUUUAGCGGCAAAGGAGAGGCCGUUCCCACUUCUUUGUUUUGUUUUGGCAAAGAGUGAAAAUGUGUAGAAAGUUUCUUUGUGUUUAUUUUAUUAUAUUUUAUUUGUUUUCCAAAAAAAACAUUGGUUACCUAAAUAUAGUUUAUUUUCCAAGUGACAUUGCCAACAUCAACAACAGCGAAUACUUAAUAAAAUCUGCUAAUUUUGGUCACUCACACAGCCUAUAAAAAAACAUCAGAUUCUGUAUAGCGGUCCUUAAAUUAUUAUCUGGAUGCCUGAAUAAAGGCAGCUUUUCACAUCAAUAUGUCUUUGUUGUGAUGUUUAAUGUUGUCUUUAACAACAGUGUAUCAGUACAAUGAUUAUCCAACACUGCUCCCAAACAUAUUCACUGCUUCCAAAGAGGACACGAAUCAGCUUCCAAAAUGCCCAAAUGAAUGGUGUAGAAUACCAGACCAGAGUAGCCCAAAUGGCCCUGUUUGAGUUGCCCAAAUGGCCCUGUUUGAGUAGCCAGAGUAGCCCAAAUGACCCUGUUUGAGUAGCCCAAAUGGCCCUGUUUGAGUAGCCAAGAGUAGCCCAAAUGGCCCUGUUUGAGUAGCCCAAAUGGCCCUGUUUGAGUAGCCCAAACGGCCCUGUUUGAGUAGCCCAGAGUAGCCCAAAUGGCCCUGUUUGAGUAGCCCAGAGUAGCCCAAAUGGCCCUGUUUGAGUAGCCCAGAGUAGCCCAAAUGGCCCUGUUUGAGUAGCCCAGAGUAGCCCAAAUGGCCCUGUUGUAAUCAUCUUACAAUGCAAUACGAUCCUUCUUCCCUUCCUUGAAGUAAUCCCUGAUUUGACAUGACUGAUGUAAGCAACCAUGCGUGUCAGAUCAGUGAUUACCUGGAGGAUGUAUUUAAAGAGUAGUCUAGCAGGGCCAAUGUCUGGUCCCGCUACAGAUGAUAUAGCUAAUUUGAUUUAAAUAUAACAAAGACAGGAAAACAUCAGUUGUCCACUAUGUGGGAUCAUUCAGUAGUAUCACAGUACUAGAUAGUUGUAAGACAUCAACAUGAGGGAAAAGCAAGAGAUCAACAUUGUUUGCGAGGGGAGCAUACUACACGGGCCAUUUGAAAUGUUCCAAUCCCGUCAAAUUCAACUCUGGACCUCGAAGCCAGUUCCACUGCAUUUUCUUCAUUGUUCGCCUCUUAUCAGGGACUGAUUUAGACCUGGGACACCAGGUUUGUGCAAUGAAUUAUCAGGUGGAACAGAAAAGCAUCAGGUCCUCGUAGGGUCAGAGUUGACUACACCUAUCAUGUCAGUCUACAAGUCUGCAGUCACAAGACGAUAAAACCAGCGAGAAAAACUGUGUUUCAGGGAAUCCGUUUGACCAAGGCAAAGCACAGAAUCAGAAUUAUUUAGGAUGCUAUUUAGAUCUGUGAUUCUGGCAGACUGACUGCAAUGUUGUGAAACUCAAACAUGCACAACAUUAUCAAGUGCUGCUCUGAUUUCCUGCCUUGGGGCUUUCAAAAAAUCUUCCACGGUGCACCCAUUGAGUUGCAAAGAGGGCCCACCCCCAUUUGCUGUUUUACCAACUGGGACAGCAUGGCUAGCGCCAUUGAGGGCUAUCUCCAUUUUAAAGUGGUACAUUUCUGGCAUGGAUGCCCUCUAGUGUGCCCUCUCCCAUCCUAUACCCUUUCCUUUAGCCUCUGUCCUGCAAUCAACUCGCCCGAAAGACUUCCAAUUCUACCAUGGAGGUACCACAUCUGCAACAGUUUACAGUCUGAACCAAUUAAGACCAAAGGUUCUGUGAAGUGUGAGUUUGUGAUCAACUGUCUCCAAAGCAUACAGCCCUAUCAGCUGGUAGAGGAGCCGCGGAUCCAGCUUUAAACACUACAACAGUGAUGUAAUGUCGGUCAAAUAGAUUUUUAUUUUUGUCUAUAAAAGUGUUGACGAUAAUAAAAAUAAACAAUGCCCAUAUAUGUUGUUUGUUUAGCUGCUUCACGUCAACUAAAUGUUCAACUCCAGUCUAGUGACUGACAGAACACAUGACGUUGUCAACGUAACCAACAGUCACCUUCUUAGUGUUGUCGGACCAUAGUGUCUAUUGAACUAUGACUCAUGCUCUCAAAUCCAGUCUAUCAGUUAGUGUGGAUCACCUGAAGAGUGAUGCAGCACUUGUUAUAAGCCAACGACUGCAGGUAAUUAGGGUAGGAUUUACAACUAGGACUAACUAAUUCACACACUAGCAGCACAGUCCAUCCAGUAGGUAGUGGUGUGUCACACUCUAGCAGCACAGUCCAUCCAGUAGGUAGUAGUAGUAGUGUCACACUCUAGCAGCACAGUCCAUCCAGUAGGUAGUAGUAGUGUCACACUCUAGCAGCACAGUCCAUCCAGUAGGUAGAAGUAGUAGUGUCACACUCUAGCAGCACAGU